AUGUUUUGUAAGGGACUCCCACGUCUUAUUCAAGAAAUUACUGCUGCAAGAGUAGGUAAUGGGAUGAUGGGAGUGGCUGUAGGGACGACGGGACUGGCUGAUGAGGGUGGAGUGGCCGAUGAGGGUGGAGUGGCUGAUGAAGGUGGAGUGGCUGAUGAGGGUGGAGUGGCUGAUGAAGGUGGAGUGGCUGAUGAAGGUGGAGUGGCUGAUGAAGGUGGAGUGGCUGAUGAGGGUGGAGUGGCUGAUGAGGGUGGAGUGGCUGAUGAGGGUGGAGUGGCUGAUGAAGGUGGAGUGGCUGAUGAAGGUGGAGUGGCUGAUGAGGGUGGAGUGGCUGAUGAGGGUGGAGUGGCUGAUGAGGGAGUGUGA